AUGUCCCUCACACACCAGUCCCAGUCGCGGACCUGGCUCAGCCGUCGCUCCAAGCACCGUGUGUGGCUGAAGGAUGUUCAGUUAUAUGUCUUCUGUAGCGCAUACCGGCAGGAAAAUAUGCGGCAGAACAAGUCUGGUGCAUUUGAGAUUUAUUUUGAUCGCGAGGAAGGAGCAAAAAGGUUCAGAGAAGUCUUUGCAUUGAGAAUGGCAAACGUCGAGUCGUCCGAGGAGGUUGAUAACGACGAUGCAGGGCCUUCUUAG